CUCAACUAAUGAUAUUUGUUUUUAGAUAUUAAGACUAUAAAAUAAGUCUUUACCAAAAUUUAUUUUCUUUUUUUACAUCUGAUAUAUGAACUUGUUCAUAUCAGAAAGUGAGAUUCGUAUCAAAACGGCUGCCUAGGGCACAAGAAUAUCGAAGGUUGCUUCUUCUUCUACAAAAAUCAACAUGGAUCAGCAUGUGACCCAAAGUAAUGUUAAAAAGCCAGUGUGGAUUGAGGAUUUUCUUGAGGGAAAUUUCUUUGACUCAUGUUCUCUUCAUCAAACUCGUAAAAAUGAGUUAAAUAAGUAUUGUAUUUAUUGCAAUAAGUUAUGCUGUCAAUUUUGUGUAUCUUUUGGUCUUCAUCGCCAUCAUAAGAUGCUUAAAGUAUCUAGACAUGCUUACAAGGAUGUUGUCUCCCUGGGUGCAAUGGAAAAGUACUUCGAUUGUUCCCAAAUUCAGACAUACAAAUGCAACAGGCGAGUGGUUAUUUCUUUGAAUCCUCUCCAACUCAAUGAGCCAUCAUCAAAUGUUGAAGAAUCAUGCAAAGCUUGCAACAAAAAGUUGAAUGACCCUCAUUUAUAUAGCUAUUGCAGCAUUUCUUGCAAGAAUGAAGCCCUUUCGAAAAAGCCUGAACCUGAGGAUCCUGCUAGCAUAAUAAUAAUUGAGUCUUCUUCGGAACCUUCUAUGGAGAGUCCUCCUCAUCCUCUUCCUCUUCGUCGUCCCCCGCAGGAGAUAACUUCUGAACCAUCCAAAAGAAAAAGGAGAAGAAAGGGAAGCCCCCAUAGAAGCCCCUUGUUCUAAAAGAUUCAAGUGGAUCACAUAUACUACUCAUGUUGUAAUGAAGUUUAUAACUAUUUUUUUUAUUUUAAUUUUUGUGAUUUAUAUAUCCUUAUUAUCAUGGAUCAGUUUCAUACUAUGAUUAAUCAUAACUGUUGAUUUUAGAUUGGAUGAUAAGAUUUAAGAUAUCAAUCUAAAUUGUACACAAGAAAAUGAUCUUGACCGAUCGAUUUAAGA